AAAGUUUUUAACCUUUUGGUUUUGAAUUAGCAGUUUCAGUCAAUGAAGUUGAAGCACUGUAUGAGUUAUUCAAGAAACUGAGCUGUUCAAUCAUUGAUGACGGCCUGAUUCACAAGGAAGAGCUUCAGCUAGCGCUUUUCCAAGCUCCAUAUGGUGAGAACCUCUUUCUUGAUAGGGUUUUUGAUUUGUUCGAUGAAAAUAAGAAUGGGGUUAUAGAAUUUGAAGAGUUUAUCCAUGCCUUGAGUGUGUUUCAUCCCUACGCACCAAUUGAAGAGAAGAUCGACUGUAAGGAUCAUAGCAACAUAACUAUUCAAUGUCCUGCUAAUGAUGUACAGUCUCAAGCAUAUGUUUUUGAUCAUUGGCAGUUGCGUUUAGGCUCUAUGAUAUAAGAAAAACGGGAUUUAUUGAGCGAGAAGAGGUAAAUAAUCAGCCAUUGCAACUUGAAACGGUGUGUUUGAGGUUUUUAGUAAGUUGAUGUUGUUAAUGUUUAGGUGCACCAAAUGGUGGCUGCUAUCUGAUGGAAUCUGAAAUGAUUCCUUCUGAUGGACUUCUGACCAUGAUCAUUGAUAAAGUGAGUGUAUAAGUUGGUGUCUCAGUUAAUUAGAAGAUUAGUUAUUCACAUUUUAUAUCUCUAAUUUGGUAUUUGCUAGACAUUUGCUGAUGCAGACUCUGACAAAGACGUAAAAUAACUAAGAAGGAAUGGAAAUACUGAGGAUUUUUUUCUCUGAUCUGAGUCCGGCAAGUGUUCCUCCGUCGUCGAGGUGAGGCAAGGCUGUUAGUAAACAAAAUGUUAUCUGAUUUUUGCCAAUUUGUUUUUCUAUGUCAUUGUCAAUAGGCUGUUGGCAAUGUGAACUAGAUCAUUGGCCCAACAUUGAUGGAAAGUAUCCAACUCAGCAAACUGCUAUUGACAAGUUCAUGGUCUAUGAACUGAUAAAAACGAGUGGGAUUGGUACAAUCAAAAGGUGAUUCAAGGAAAAUUAAUGUUUUAUGUAUUUACUUAAUAGUGAAAGAAUAUUUUAAUAGGUUAGAAUAUUGCAUGUUUUGAACUCUGUAUGUGAUUCUGAUAUUCUAAGAAUAUAGGAUAUUGACUUUUUCUGCACCAAAAAGGUCACCGGUAUCAAGAUGGACAAAAAUGGUGUUACGCUUCUUGCUCCAACUGUACCAAGAAGCUUCAACGGACUGUCUCAGCCUAUUAUUAUAAAGAAGAGCUACUCUCUUCUCCUAUGCUGUCACGUCAUUAAUUCGUUAAACCACAGGCUGACACGUGUCCACAAAACCUAUACGCUGCGUUUCAUUUAUCCUGGUGUAUAUUGUGUUUGGGCUUGCGAUUGCAUUCGUGCCAUUAUUUAGCUUCAUAAAUCUGAUAUGAUCGAAACGCAUCGUUUUCAUUUUUUUCAUCCUGUUCCUUUGGUGCCGCUGCGAUAUCGGACGAGACUCUAGGGUUUACGAUCCUGUUGGUUCAUCUUCUUCCUAACGAUCCAGGAAUCCACCAGUUACAGAUUCAUCCCAUUAAAGUCGUUCUUCAAUCCAUCGUCCACAAUCUACCUUAAGUGCGACCUUUGCUUUUGAGAGGCGGUGGAACUUUGAAUAUAAAAAGGCUAGCAUCUCUACUCUCAAAAUCAUCCUAUCAUUCUAGAUUCAAAAGGAUUUCGAGACUUGUGAUCUGAUUUCAUCACAAUUUUCUAAGAGCAAAGAAUGAAGAAGAAGAAUGAUUAUUAACCAUUGAGGCAUGGACUGGCCGCAAAUUUCCUCUAGAUCAAGCUCUCUUACCGUUGGAGAGCAACUCUGCGCCGUUUUUAUACCUGUCUUUGCCAUUUUUGAUUUCCUCUUCUCAACCGUUGGACAAUGAUUCGACUGCUGCAGCCGCGGAUCGCCUCAUACAUGUCAGCACGCGAAUCUGGCUCUUCUUGCCCUUGAAUCUCCAUGUGGUUUUCUUCUUUUUAUCAAUGAAUUUUCAAUUUUCUCUUUUUGGGACCGCAAAAGUUUUUAACCUUUUGGUUUUGAAUUAGCAGUUUCAGUCAAUGAAGUUGAAGCACUGUAUGAGUUAUUCAAGAAACUGAGCUGUUCAAUCAUUGAUGACGGCCUGAUUCACAAGGAAGAGCUUCAGCUAGCGCUUUUCCAAGCUCCAUAUGGUGAGAACCUCUUUCUUGAUAGGUUGCGUUUAGGCUCUAUGAUCUAAGAGAAACAGGAUUUAUUUAGCGAGAAGAGGUGCACCAAAUGGUGGCUGCUAUCUGAUGUAAUCUGAAAUGAUUCCUUCUGAUGGACUUCUGACCAUGAUCAUUGAUAAAACAUUUGCUGAUGCAGACUCUGACAAAGACGUAAAAUAAGUAAGAAGGAAUGGAAAUACUGAGGAUUUUUUCUCUGAUCUGAGUCCGGCAAGUGUUCCUCAGCAAACUGCUAUUGACAAGUUCAUGGUCUAUGAACUGAUAAAAACGAGUGGGAUUGGUACAAUAAAAAGGAUAUUGACUUUUUCUGCACCAAAAAGGUCACCGGUAUCAAGAUGGACAAAGAUGGUGUUACGCUUCUUGCUCCAACUGUACCAAGAAGCUUCAACGGACUGUCUCAGCCUUUUCCGUGUGCACUGCAACAAUACUAAUGUUGUUGGUGUCGUCCGAUAUGUAUCUAUAUAACAUGUUAUUUCCAUUCAUUGCACUGAGUGUCCACACACACGUAGUUACCCUUGACACUUAAUCAGUGGCGGAGCCAGAAAUAAUUUUUACCGGGGUCAUAAAUAUAUCGCGCAACAAGAUUACAACAACAAAAAUAAGAACUAUCUGUAAUUUAUUUUGUUUUCAAUAGAUAAAGAAGUGAAAUAAUCAAAUAACCAUUUGAAAAGUUGUAUGGAACAUAAGUUUCCCAUUAAAUGUAGUGUGGUCGUGUUUUAUUAAAGAAUAAGUAUUGUUUUUAUUAUAUAAAAAUGUAGUAAACUUUUAAAAUAUCGUAUAGGACUUGGACUUUUUAAAUAAGGGCUGUAAUAUCUGUAAAGUAAAAAUAUAUAUGCAAAAUCUUACUGAGAAAAAUGUCAUUUGGGGAAUUGAGACUAAGUUUAGAGGGGUCAUAACUACAAUUAAGACCGCUUGAGCUCGAGAUUCUUAAUGAUUUCAAAUACAAAACAAAUAAUUUGAUUAUUUUAGUGGGGUCAGCUGAACCCCCUAUUCCCUUGGUAGAUCCGUCCCUGCACUUAAUACAUGUUUUCCGACUUGUAGAUAUCGUGUGGAGAUGACCAUUACUGAUGAUACUGCCGAAGGUCUAUUUGUUUGUUUUGAUGGGGUAAUGACGAAACUACGUAACAUCAGAAACUAUGAAACUGGUCUUCUAUUGGUACGUGACUAUUCCAUCUCAUAUCAUCGUUUGGUCCGAUUUUUUUCUCAUACACUUGCAAUCAACCACUGGUCACUUAGCCUGGAGAGGGUGUGAACCCGGAAAAGACUCAGGUCCCCCCUUUAUUGCAGACAUAGUAGUCAAGACCUACACGUUCUAGGUCAAGGUUAGUACCUACAACUUCACAGUGAAUCAUCAAACUUUCACAAUCUCACGCAUCCUUAGCGAAGGUGACCGUACGCCACUUUCUGCCUUUGUUGACGAUGUAAGUUUCAUGUAUAUUUCAUUCUUCAUUCCUUAGUUUGUAAAUAAUUUUAAGUGAUUCUGAUCAGGGAGCAGCGAUGACAAUGGAGAUGAUAUAUGCUCGGUGCCAACUCAGUACCUACUAAGGUGGACAUUGGUGCUAGUAGUUUUCAGGAAGCAUCGACUACACGAGCAGCUCCAAGUGGUGUCGACACAAAGAAGCCUCCAGCGCAAGCAGCUUCCAAGAUGGCCAAGAAAACACUCAUGGCAUAGGUUAAGAUAAUGAGUGCAUUGGACGCAGUAUUUCCUCUUUGAACAAUGCUAAUGCAUCAACAUUUUAUUUGAAUAAGUAUGUUUUUGUUUCGCUCCUUUUGGGUAAUCUAUGUUUGGUUCAGAGGAUUUUUAUAAAAAUGUCUGAGCUUUAAUUGGUUUGUAUAUUUAGUACCAUACGUCAUUUAAUUACUAAGAUUCAGUUUAUAUACGCAGAACUCACAUUCUGCUUAAAAGAAAGAGGGUCAUCUAUAAAAUGACUUAAUGCUCUAUGACUACGUGUCCAAACAGUCUUUAAUUGCCUGUCUUCGUUUUUUUUUAUCAAAGUCUUAAAUUGUCUGUCUAAGCUUGAAUAAAUAGAUAUCUUUAUCAUGACAUUUAACCACUAAGGUUCAGUAUAUAUAUGAUGCACUAAAAUUCAACUUCAAUGAAAGAUGGUCAGCUAUAUAAUAACAUAAUCUAUCUAAGUUUAAGGUAUUUGUUACUUUUUCGUGUCUUUUAAACUCAAGGUUCAUUAAUUUAUAUAUAAAAAUUUUACUAGGGAAAGCCCUAGCUCUAAUGGCGACUCCGAUGGCGACUCCGACGGCGACUAAGGAAACGAAGAUCUUUUCCUGAUCGAUUCACCCUUAGUGAUUGAUUAGUCUCUCAUUCCAAAUCGAUCAUUAUCGUCUGGUUGUGCCCGGUUCAUUCCAAGCAAUCCACCUUUGAUCACCCUCUUUGUUUACAAAUCGAUCUUCGUCGUUUGUUUCACUGAGAUUAAGCAACGCAAAGCUUUACACGCUGUAUCCAUACAAUACCGAUGGCGUCAAGCAAAGGAAAAGGUCCUCUGUAUCAGGAUGAUGACAAUGACCCUAUACUACUUCCGGAUCAGGCUGAUGAGAAUCUUAUCAAAGAGUAUAGCUCGUCUCUUAUAGGCAAGGUCUUAAAUCCCAAGAAGCAGAACGUCGAACGUCUUAUUGUUGCGAUGCCAGAACAGUGGGGAAUGUCUGACAAGAUCUCUGCGUGUGAUCUAGGCAAUGGUCGGUUCUUAUUCAACUUUGAUAAUGAGGAGGAUCUUACUUCUAUUCUCAACCAAGGCCCUUUUCACCAUAAUUAUUGUAUGUUUGUGCUCGUACGUUGGGAGCCGGUGAUUGACGAUAACUAUCCAUCAAUGAUCCCAUUUUGGAUUCAACUGCAAGGAAUCCCUCUGCACCUGUGCACGAAACAGAAUCUGGAAGCUAUUGGUGAUCGGCUGGGCAAGUUGGAGACAUCAGACACGGUGGAGGGGAAGAUUAAGGUCUCAGUGGACUCAACCAAGCCUCUGAAGUUUUCACGGAAGCUGCAGACAAAGAAUAAGGAGGAUAUCAUGAUCAAACUUUUCUAUAAAAAGCUGUUCAAACAUUGCUCAACGUGUGGUCUUAUGUCACAAGAAAGUCAAGACUGUUUACAUAAGCAUGAUCUAACCCAAACGGCCCCUCGUGAGAACGUGUUUGAUAGAGUUCGUCCACCAAGACAGGAUGAGGCAUCUCGUGUGAAUGCAGAACGUGGUAAAGAGGAGACUUCUUAUAGGUCUCUAAAUGAUGGGUCAAGUUCCACUUCUAGAGUCCAGAGAUCAACUCACUCAAACCGUGUAAAUCGUAUCAACAGCUCAAGAGAGUCUCGAUACAAUCCGUACUCGUCAGUACGUAAUAAAGGACAAGAAAAGCGAUUCCCUCCUAGGGAUAAAGAAUGGAAGGAGAAACAGAGGCCCCUGAGAAUCGUUGAACCAGUCAGGAGUAUGGAUAGGGAUACUGAUCGUGCAUCUAUGUAUCCAAGGACGACAAUCGGGGACAGAGGAAAGAGUGUGGUCGAGCCAGACAGGUCUCAGCAUAAACGAGAUGACACGAAUGUCACUUACCGUGGGUCAGGAAGUGGCAAGUCGACAGUGGAUGUUGGGACAGCGGAUGAUCUUAUUCCACCAUAUGAUGCUCUAAAUAUUGAUGCAUUAAGUGAACAAGAACAAGAUGAGGAGGAUCGUAUAUGUGAUGCGGAUAUGAACGAUAUUCCGGUGGGUAAUGAAUUAAUGAUAAUGGAGGAAGAUGAUCUCCUCGGAGAGGAACUAAACCAGACAGAAAAUCAAGAGCCCCUUAAGCAGGACAUAUCGCAGCCGGUGUUUGCUUCAGAACAUGGUAAUUCAAUCCUUUUGAUUGAAGCGAAGGAGAAUUCCGGAGAUGAUGGAGCUGGAGAUGACUAUGCGAAAGCUAUAACGAGGAGUGCUACGCGUUCCUUGUUCUCGUCGUCACAAGCUGUAAGCCGUAGGGCUUCAACAAGGAUAAAUGCACAGACAACAUCAGGGCAUGGUAGUGGUGCGAGAGGACAGAGUGGGCACCAGCAAGGAGCGGCUGUGAGGAAAUCGAAAGCGGUUCAAAAGAAAGGUACGGUGGAUGCCAAACAUCCGCCCCACCAUCGUCAAUGAAGACGCUCAGUUGGAACUAUCGAGGGAUAGGAAACGACCUCACAGUUCGACGCCUUAAGGAGAUGUGUCAGAAGCAUCGCCCAUGACUUUUGUUUCUUUCUGAGACUAAAAAUAGGAAGCUGCUGUUGCAAGACAUUCAGGCUGACCUAGGAUUUAAUAAAUUGUUCACCGUUGAACCUCUUGGCCAAAGUGGUGGUUUAGCUUAAUUUUUUAUGGAUGAAUUUCAAGUUGAUGUUUUAUUUUCUAAUAACCGAAUGAUUGAUGUAAAAGUGGUCAUUAAUGGAAUAAAGGUCUAUAUGACAUUUGUUUAUGGAGACCCUGUACUAGACAGAAGAGACGAAGUUUGGGAACGUCUUACGCGUUUCUCAACAAUUAAAGAUGGGCCUUGGUUUAUGAUAGGGGACUUUAAUGAAAUCACAGGACAUCAUGAGA